GCAUGCGUACACGAUCCCUCGAUCGCGAACUGUGACCGAAUGUGAUAAAUGGAACUGACCAGGGUUCAAUGUUAAAGAAUCAAAGUUGCGAGGACAAGGAAGUUAAUAUGGCUAUAGAGAGUGUGUCGCGGUAUCCGAGCAGCCCGGUCGAGGCUACGGAACCACCGAAGCCAGCGAGAAUAAGUUUCAGCGUAGCCUCGAUUCUCGCCGAUAAUAAAGUGGACCGCGCCGAGCUCAUCAGACACCACAGGACGAUCCCCGAGUCUCCGCUCAGGCAGUCGCCAUCAGCGCAAGUCGAGUUGCCCGGCGGUAAUUACAUGUCGCCGAGACCAGCUUCACAGACACCGCCCCUGAAUCACAAUGCAUCUGCCGAUGAAGAUGAGCAUGAAGGUUCAACAAACGAUGAACAUUCGAUAGUCGACGUGGAAGAUUCUCAGAAUGGCACUCAGAGUGAAGACGAAGAUAGACCGUCUGUUAGCGAUAAGGGGAGAUUAGUGAGGCCAAUGGCUUUUAGCGCUCUAGCGGCAGCGGCGGCAGCGUACCACGGCAUGGGCUGGUCUGGAGCACCUCCGGUAGUACCAUCAUUUGGACCUUUGUUCCAGUCGCAUUUUCCUGUUGGCCAUAUAACAGACGCGAACGGGGAGCCGGCCAAGUUGAAGUGCAACUUAAGAAAGCACAAACCGAAUCGGAAACCUCGGACGCCCUUCACCGCGCAACAACUAAGGGACUUGGAGAGCAAGUUCGAGAAGAAACAGUAUCUGAGUAUCGCAGAGCGAGCUGAGUUCUCAUCGUUACUGGGCCUCUCUGAGACACAGGUGAAGAUCUGGUUCCAAAAUCGCCGGGCGAAGGCGAAGCGAAUGCAGGAGGCGGAGAUCGAGAAAAUCAAAAUGGCCCAGUAUUCGAGGCAUCCACAUCCUCUGUACCCUCCCCACCCCGCGCUGCACCAGUUCUUCCAUCCUCACGCCCUGCUGCAAGGAAGGCCGAUGACCUCCAUGGGUCUGCCUCCCCAUCUAGCCAUGGUCCAGCCACCGGUCAACGGAACUCCGUCACCAAACACCCAACGACAGUGAACUUAGGCAAAAUCAAAAUAUUGAAUUUAAAAUUCGAAAUACGACAGCGAAUGUGAAAUUUGUAAAUUAAAAAAAAAUAGAAAUGGACCGUAUAAAAAAUUAUCAAAGUCAAAUUAUUAUGUAUCAUUUUGUUCUCAUUAUUGUAAAUAAAUCGUAUUAAAGAGUAAAUUACAACAAUCAACAUUCAAUACAUUUUAAUAAUAAACGGACCUUGUAAAUUAUAAUGUAAAUAUAGGAUUAAUAAUAAUCACAACUAGCUUAUAAGUUUCAAAUGUAUUGAUAAUAAUAUGUUAACCAUGUA